CCACACGUCCACAUAAUCUCCGUCAGCCGACUUUCAUAACGUUAUACACAGCUACCUUUCCAGUUGUGCUGUAUAUUUUUAUUUUACACGGAACAAGGAAUCUACUUUAGCUGAUUGUACAGGAUUAACGCGGGCACUAUGAACUGGGAAACAAUUUUGUUCAGCUGUUUUUUGGUGGUUUUUUAUGUUGGAUCAGGCUCAGGAUUUUAUUAUCCAAUUACUGAUCUGGACGAUAAAUGUAACCGCACCAUCCGAAUCGAAUGCCCGUGGGCGGUGCUAUCCAGUGGGCGUGCCGGGACCUUUCGUUAUCGCCGCGUUCCCGCUGGCAACUGUGAGGUCAACAUUACUAUCAGGAAUACAUACAGUACCUGUCGGUACACACCAACACUCUACUUCAACAUCAAGAAAUCGAGGAUCUCCGAAGGCGCCGAACUGCUGAUCCACAGCACGCAUACCGCCCACGGUUGGCGCUUGGCAAAGCGCAUCCCCGGAGGACGUAGUCCGCAUAACAGAGAUCCGACCUCAGUGGCGCAGCUGAAGACACGGAUGCCGUACAUGGAAUCGCAGCUGGGUCUGGCCUUCAUGGGCGAUGGACGGACGUCGUCCAGCUACGAAUUGGAGAUUGAUUAUGCGGUUCUUGUCGAUGACAACGAGUACAAAGAAGUGUGGUGUUCUGCGCUGGGCGCGUACAUAAACGACGAUAUUGCGUGUGAUGAGGACGAUCGUAUCACCUGUCCCUAUGAUUACUACGAGACUAUCGGGCUAAACCCUGCCACCGGCUUCGGCGCUUGCAAGCUGAGCUCCGGCGCCAUCGCCGGCAUUGUUAUCGGCUCGGUAUUCGGCGCCGCCUUCCUGUGCGGCUGUUGUGCGGCGUGUUGCUCCAAAUCGAAGCCAACAACCACCAGCACAGCGAACCAUUCCAUCAACAGCACUGUGGUGGUGUCCGGUUAUACACCGGAGGAACCCUCUAACGCAGCGCCCCCUUUCCCCUUCCGCGACGACCCACCGCCCUAUCCCGCUGACGGAUUCUUCCCGCCACUGCCCGAUCCCUCCACGCUCCAGGCCACUGCAGCAGCAUCGACGAAUACCGAUCCACCGAAAUAUUAAAACCUGGAGCAAUCGCAUUAUAAAUUUAAACACUUCGAAGUAUCAAAAAUUCCUGUGAUAAUGGCACUACAUAUAUCUGUACCAGUAACCCAUUCAUGCAACCUUCGGACGUUCAUUUAAAAGAAUUGUGUGAUUUUGUAACCGUAUUGAGUAACGUAGGAUUUAGUGUUCAACCACUCAGUGUCAGUGCGAAUACGUGAACGAAAACCUCUGAAAAACCCAAGAUGAAAUUCAGCAGUUAAUGCAGAAACGUUU